CUCAACGGCACAAGUCGUAAUAGUCAGAACUCGGCUAUCAACAACUCAGGGUCUUCAGAGUAUGGCACACAAACAAAUUUCGACCGGAUAUAUGGUACAAGUCUGCUGAGAACUAACCCAAAAUGCAGUACACACGAAACCCACACAAGGACACAACUAGCAUCAAACAAUAGGUGGAAUAAUAAGCCAUGGUCAUCACAAGGAUCCAAUCAUUUUUUAUCCCCCGCGUCCCUGUCAGCGUUGAAAAAACAGCUGGUAGGGAUGUUGACACUCCUAAACCACUAGAGCUGGCUCCCUCCUUGCAUGAAAACAGGAACGGUCUAGUGCACACGUAUCCAUUAGGCACACUUGACACCUGCACAAAUAUAGGUCAAAUAAAGAACCCUACCCACUUCUGUAACCUAACUAAAAAUAAAAGUUCCUUAGUCUAUAGCAAAUCCAGUAUUCCAACUCCUAAUUCUUCACCGAAAACAGCACACAACAACUCGAUAGACAUAGGUGAGCAUGAUGCUGAAGCUCCUCGUAACACAGGAUCGUCAUGUCAAGGAGGGAGGGCGGCGCUAGCUGAUCAGUAGAUAUGGUGGUGGUCACUGAGGUGAAUCACCCCAUUCUGCAGGAACAGCAAUAUGCAAUUUGAAGGCUCGAGAUAUUUCUGAUUUUUAUGAGGGCUUAGAUCUUUAUCUUCAAAAAGAUAAUAAUGAACGCCUAGACGGAUCAUGCUUCUACCUGUAAAUAUAUACCAUUCACUCAGCCUAUUGUUGAGAAGUGACCACGUGGGCUCUGCACAGAUUCAUG